UAUUUUUGCCACUUUACCAAAAAGUCGGCAUAAAUGUGCAACCAGCUUCGGCAUAACUUGAAAUAUAUUUUCUGCGAACACAGGUGAUAAGAGCCUUGUGCGUGUGCCAACGAAUUUAAGCGCCGCGCACAGCACAUGGAGCAGAGCGCGCCAGGGACGCCAAAGAAGCGCAAACACAGCGAGUACCACGAUCCAGACUAUCUCCAAACAGCUUCAACUAAUGAAGAUAGUGAGGAUGCAGCUACAAACCAGCAAAAGCGGACGAAACUGGAGACGGAGUCGGCGGCCGAGGAGGAGGAAGAAGAGUUGGAUAAAUCAGCUCAGCCACAGCGCGUGCCCGUGCCAGACACAACGGAGAAGUUGGAGCGUAUCUGUGAGAUCGUCCGCGUAGAAUUUCAGAGGGAAAUCUCGCUUAAGGAUGAGCAGCUGGCCGAGAUAGAUAGACGACUGCUGCAGGCGCGUCAACUGCUGGACAAGCUGCGCUUUGAAGUGGUCAGCGAGUACUAUAGGAAGCAACAGGUUCCCCUCACAGCGGGCGACGUGGCCAAAGUGCGCGGUGGCGAAUCACUGUUCAGCGAUGAAAGCGCUGGUCCACAGUUGCCUCUGCAUCCGGCCAUUAAGAAGAUUGUCGGAAAGCGCCCAUUGCUCAUCCAGAACCACCUGCCAGAGCGCACGGCUGCCACACUGGCCAAGCAGACGAUAAGGCAGCGAAACCCAGCGCACCGCCGUGCGGAGCGUCGCAGACAGCAAAAGAUUCGCGAGCAGGGAAUUGUCAUCGAUCAUUCAAAAGAUCAACAGCAGCAAUCAAUCAAUAUCAAGGUGGAAGAUGAGCAGCCAUGCACCAGUCGUCAGGCACACGAGCGGCAACAGCAGCAGCAACUGGAGCUGAAUGCUUCGCGAUUGAACAACAAGAACAAAUUCAACUUUGUGGUGGGCAACACAUCCAAAUACAUUGGUGGGGAAGGCAAAACUACAUUGGAGAAUGGUGGCCAGGCCCUUGUCUACAAAUGGCUGGUCUAUGUCCAGGGCAAAGAUCUGCCAAAACCCCUGGAGACGUAUAUCAAGAAGGUGCGCUUUCAGCUGCAUCAUUCGUAUCGGCCCAACGACAUUGUGGAUGUUCAUGCGCCGCCAUUUCAGUUGAAUCGUCGUGGCUGGGGCGAGUUCCCCAUGCGGAUACAGCUGUUCUUCCACGAGCAUCUGCGCCAAAAGCCCGUGCAACUCAUGCACACGGUCGUGCUGGAUAAGACAAUGUGUGGCCUUCAUACGAUGGGGGCGGAGACUACUGUCGAGAUUUGGUUGAGAGCGGAACGAGCUAAGGUCAAGCAGGAACCAAUCGAGCCUCCUCCUCCCCCAAUGCCUGUGGCUGCUCCUAUACCUUCUGCUGCUGCUCUUCCAGCUCCUUCUGCUCUUCCUCCAGCUUCCUUCCCACCCCCCAUUGAGUGUUUAAAGCCCCGAACGAUAUCCAUCACCCAAAACAAAGAGGAACUGGAUGACAACCUCUUUGCCGGCAUCAACAAGAUCGAAAUGAGCGACGACAUCGAGCAGAUUGAGCCAACGGUUUUGGUCACGGAGCCCCUGAAGCUCAGCUAUAGCCCCAAAAUGCAGCCGCCCACAGGAACUUUACCGUUGAGAUCGCCACUCCGAGUGAAUGUAACUCGGCCAAGCGCCUCGCGGCCAUCUGUGGCACACCUGCCCGUCAAUGGUAACAGUCCAAGCCCCAUCAAGAGUGAGAAAUCGGGUCAGGUGCGACAGGCUCAGAACGGACAUCGGGCCAAGCAAAAUGUUGUCUUCCAGAAGGCGGGAAAGCUGUACAUUAUCGAUCCGCAGCAGAGCAAGCUGAAACAAGCGACACAGCAGCGAUCGCUGCUGAAGCCGCAAGUGAGUCUGCUGAAGGCGCCGGCAGUGAAUCGCCGCCAUCAGCUGGUGUGCAUCCAGCACGAUCAUGGCUAUGCAGACAUGUCGAGUGUUUAUAUGAAGGAGGAGCUGCAGGAACUGAUCAACAUGUUGCCGAAACGCUGCUGGACAUCAUCUCUGGUAAAUACUGCACCGAUUCGACCCCGGAAACUGGAUCAGAUCUUUGGCAGCGUCCAGUUCAAGAGCAUGCGCAGCGCUGUGGAGUUUCUGCUGCGGCGCUUGCCACUGACAGGCAGUCCGAGAGGGGAUGAAGAGCCGGCCUUCGUGUGUCCCCCCAAUCUGUUGGCCUUCCAGGAACAGUCUGCGUUGCGGCAACGUUUCUACGAGUACGUGCGGGCUCGGCACCUGCGUCGCUGUAUGAUGCAGCACCCUGGAUUGCAGCAGUUGUAUGACAGUGGCAAGGAGGUCUACUGGAGCCUGCGUGAGAUCGUGGGCUUUGCCCGUCUACAUGCGUACACACCGCCGCUGAAGAUGUUGACACCCACCGAAAAGCGGCAAACGAAGCAGGGAAGCGAAGAGCAGCUGUCACAGCGUGUCCAGGACCAGCUCAAGGAGGAUCCACAACCGCAUCUGUCGGCCUAUUGCAGUGUCAGCUCCACCAAUCGCAUCGAUGCCUGGAUAGCGAAGCAAACGGGUCGCCUUCAGGGGCAUGAACACGAAAUACAGGAUCAAGAGUUCAUCGAUGUCUUGGGUGUGGACGCCUCCAAUCUUCGACCCCUCAGCCAGCGAAAAGCGCAGUGCGCCUCUGUGGCAAACAAUCGCCAGCUGCUGUACCUGCCCCCACCGGAGCACCUUGAGACGGCGACGCAGCUGGUCCAGGACAUGUGCAAGGACAUCAACAUCGGCCUCGAGGCGGAAGAGUCCACGCCUGGUGUCUCUCAGUCGCUCUCCCUGACACUGCUCGGCCGUGUGCUGAGCAUGUUUGUGGAGCGACUGGUGCGCCGUUCUGUGGCAGUAAAGCUCCACCAGGACACCAUUGAACAGCUGCCGCCGCCCGCCGCCAAUGUGCCGCUCUGCCUGCAGCCAUACGACAUUGGUCGGGCGAUUUCGCAAUGCCCGGAUAUGGAUUUCCUUGGGAAUAGCCACCUGGGGGUGACUCCCAUUGAGCCGCAGCCGUAGCUGUGCGAAUUUAUUUGUUUUUAGCAGCACGCAAUUCACAGUUCAAAUUCUCCUGGGAUAUUAGUCGAUACCUACGUGUAAUCUUUGUUUGACUAAGCUUUAGAAUAAGGAAUUAAAUUAACUAAUUUAACACA